AUGUGGUUAGAAGAACAACUUCUUCCUAAUAUCAAGAAGGAGUCCCUUAUCAUCAUCAAUAAUGCUCCUUAUCACUCUAAAAUAAUCAACAAGGUCCCAACAAGUAGCAACAGAAAAGCCCAAAUCAUAGGCUGGUUGGUUCUAAAUAACAUUGACCAUGACCCUUCUGUUACAAAACUCGAACUUCUUCAGAUCUGCCAGCGCCACAAGGAAAUUCAAACGUACGAAAUAGAUGAAAUUACUGCUCACUAUGGCCAUAAAGUGCUUCGUCUACCUCCCUAUCACUGCAUUUUCAACCCUAUCGAACUUAUCUGGGCCCAAGUGAAGACAGAAAUAAAAAAACGUAAUUCUAAUAGCGACCAGUCUCUGAAAAUUGUAGAAAAAAUUACAAAAGAAGCAGUUGAUCACGUGACGCCACAGCACUGGCAAAAUGCUAUAGAACAUGUCAAGAGAAUCGAAGAAAUGUAUCAUGCCAAAGAUUCAGCGUUUGACAAAUUACUUGAUGAGUUUGUAAUUGACUUGAAUGACAGCACUACUGAUGACAGCAGUGAUGGAGAUGCUCUGACCCUGGACUAA